CUGCUCAACUGCUAAUAUAAGACUCUGCAUGUAACACCAGUGAUCAGGGUUUUUGUGGAGCAGACAGUUUGCGGAGCAGACUUGCCACCAUGGGACAAAGUCUGAUUGGGCACACACUGCCAGCUGACGCUGCCUGUGGGAAUGCAAUGAUUGAUAUGGGCCCGGACAGGUCUUUGCUCAUCCUCCUCAAACACUGCCGGGACAUGAAGCAACAGGAGACGCGCCUCAGAAUCAUCACUCUGCUCCUGCUGCUCGGCUGUACAGCACUGUUCAUUUUUACCAUCUGUGUUGAUUUAAGGCCCCAUGAAAACUCUGUAUCCAGUGGACAAGGGAGUGCAGCUGAGCGGGGUCCAUCCCACUCCAAGCAAGUGAGAGUUUCCCCAGCAGAUAGUCAAACAAACUUCAAAAGACUGCGCAUUCAUCUAAGGUCUGUGUCUGAAGACAACAAAACUGAUCCACGAUUGAUCCGAUGGGAUGUAGAUUUUGGUGAAAACAACUACGACAACAAGAAACGUGCCAUUGUGAUUCCUGAGGACGGCUUUUAUUUUGUCUAUGUGUGGGUUGCUUUAGGCUGCCACCAGGUUGACAGAGCUUCAAACUUCAAGGAAUUCAAGGUAGCGCUGCACAAAUGGACUGAAGGUUACAACUGUAAUGUGACAUUGAUUGAGGCCUGGGAUGGCAUUACAUGCACUCCAGACGGGAAAAGAAGCGUGUUUGUAGGGCAGCUUUUUGAAUUGUGGAAAGGAGAUCAUGUGAGUGUUUGGAUCAACCGGGGUUACAAACUGAUCACGAAAUCAACCUUUGGUGCUUAUCUUGCUUAGAGAAUAUACCUAGAUGAAAAUACUGUAAGUCGUCUUUGGUGUAUGUUUUCAUUGUCUCAGUCUAAAUAAUGUAUCUGUGAAAUAUUUCCUUAUUAAAAAGUAAAUUUAAGGUCAUCAAUCAUAACUCAAAAUAAUUGAGUAUUCAUGAUUGAAAGAUAUAUAGUAUAUUCAGAUGGUUGAAGAAAUUACAAGAACUGUCUUGUUGUUCUCCAGAACAGCUUUCAUGCUCCUUGACAGAGAUUCUACUAGAGGGAUGAACAGCAUUCUUCCACCUGAAAAGAUAUUCAUUCAUGUGGUGGUUUUGAUGAUGGUGGUGUCUCAAAAUUCUCCAAUGGGUGUGAGUAAAUAUCUCCACUCAUUCAAUGAGUUUCUUCCUUAACAUGUUACCUACCGGUCUGCGUAAAAUUGACACAACAAACAUUUCCAUUACCUAAAUUACAAAAAAAGAUUUACCUCCAGUAGUAUCAAGGCAUAGUUUUAGAGUUAUGUUUUUAUUGCUAAGGUUUUUUACCUAAAAAAGACUGGAUGCUAUCCACUGCUGAGACUUUUACUGUCACCCCAAAACAACAGAGGGGAAUAUAAUUUGUUGUGUUUCAAGCAUGGGACUGAAAAUAAAAAAACUCUAAACAAAUUUAUUCAGAAUAAUUCAAAUUUUGACUGAAACUGUCAUCAGUUUUCAUUGUAAGCUAUUCUCUGUCAAUGUACUGGGACAUUGCUUUAGGAAAGACAUACAGUUGACUUGUUCACAUUUAAUUUCUCAUUGUUUUAUUCAGCGUAAAGAAGACGAUCUAUCCACUUCCAUUGCAUUGAGGUAUAUUGUAGGGUUAUAAAUUCAGCAUUGUGUUGGAUUAAGUAAGGUUUGAAUGACUGUGGCUUAGAAUGAAGCAACUGAUACUGUUGUUUACAGUGUCUCUUAGUUUAGCACAGCAUUAGCGUUUUGCUAAAAAAUGACUUUUGGUAAAAAUCGCUCAUUUGUAAAAAUCAUCUCAUACAAGAUUUACAACGUGUAUAAACACAUUAGACAUGCUCAUUUUCAGCAUCAAUUUAAAACCAUGUGCAAAACGUGCCAGCAAUCCAUGACAGAGCCAAUACCAAUGUAAGCAUUAUGUUGUGUGUACUCAGGGAUUCUUUUAUGAAUUAUGAAGCACUAACUCAUUUACUACUAUGAAUAAAUUAGCAAAAAUAACUUAAGCUAACCGUAUUUUGCUUCUUAUUCUAUCAUGAGUUUGUUUUGUGCAUUCCUAUGGGUUAAUCUGUGUCAUCGCUAAAACUCUGAUAAGAAAGACUGUUAUUUAUUAUUUUGACUCAUUUGUAGCGUAUUGAAUGCUGCCAUGAGACUAUACUACUUUUAAGAUUUUUAACUGUACUGGACUCAUUGGAUAUUUUAAAUGUCGUCGAUUUUACUGUUGGAUUACAGACUGAUUGUUAUAUAAUCUCUUUAAAAGAACUUUAACAACUUUAUUUUCAUUUGUGCAGUUCAUUUGUGUCUCCAUUUUGACUUGGAAAUUGUGGUGUGAUUGGGAACACUUUUGCUGCUGUGGGACAUUGUUAUAUUUAUUGUGAUAAUGGACCAUACAA